AUGUCAACGCUCCAAAAACGUCUCGACGCCUACUCUGCGAAGUUGGCAACUUUGGAAGAAGUUCUUGCUAAGGUCAAUGGAAUCAUUAACAAACUAUUCGAAGUGAGUUCAAGUUUAGAGUUUUUGUCUUCUUUCUGUGAUCUAUCAGAAAACAAAAAAUAGUCUUUAAUCUGCAAGCAAUUUUUUUCUGAUUUCAGAAUGAAAGUAUCGCCGAGGAACUUUCGCGUUUGAUUAAAAAGUUCAACAUUGAGAAGGAAGGGGAAAACAUUCAGGCCGAAGCAAAAAAUUGUCCAGGCAAGGUCAGAAGGAACAGGCAGGUACAAAAGGUUUGAAAAAUGAGUAACUUUCGAAGAAUCAAAAACACCAUGAAAUUAAAAAUGAUGUUGAAUGUGGUGACUUUUCCAUUUCAAUGGACUAAUGAUUGACUUGAACUAAAGUUUGAAUCAAAUAAUCAAAUUUGAGAUUUUUUUCCUCUUAUUUAAAUUUUUUUAAAGAUUAACGACCAUACUAAGAGGCGAGAACAGAAGCCUCAUCAGACUGAAAAGGUUCAAAAAAAUUAAACGUGAAUGAUUGUUAAUUGAUCGUUAACACAGUUCGAACAUUGAUCCAAAAAAAAAAAUGACGAACAUCGUUUAGAAAGUCCAAAUGAGAUGUGUAGAAGAUUCCCACUUGAUAAAAAAAAACUUAAACUAUCGGAGACCUCAAUAGCCUAACUUUGAAAAUGAAGAUCUAGCAAACUUUCUGUUUCUAGUUGAAGCAGAAGAACAUGGGGAAAAAUCUCCUUCACGGCGUUUCUGCCAGUUGAAGAAAAUGCAAGGAAUUUGAAACUCGGCAAAGUCUGCGCACUUCUCGAAAUUCGCCCGCGAAAUUUGAAAAAGUGGCUUUAUUUUUGAUUUUUUGUCAAUUUUUUCAUAUUUUUUCACUUUUUCUUUUCGUAGAUUGCUGAUAGUAUUGCGGGACCACGAUCGGGGUAUACUCUGGGUUGUUAGACGUUUUUUUGAAAGUAGUUCUGUGAGGCUAACUUUAAAAACUCGUGAUGAAGAAGCGUUUUGAAAAAUCUCCACCUGUUUGUAUGGAACAUGUUUCACCCCAUUUUAUGUUUUUCUUAUUCUAUUUUUUUGUCGAUUGUUCAGAUUCCUAGGUUGUGGACAUCAAUGAGAUGAAGUUACAUGAAAAAAAGUCUGUGAAGUUGAGAAAGUAUGUUCCGGAAUUCAUUUAUAUCCGGAUAUCCCGUCAACUUUUUAUAAUAAAAAAAGUACUUGCUGUAAAAACAUCUUUUAUUUGUUUUUUUCCACAGCAAUAUAGUUUUAUUUAAUCUCUUUUUAAUUUCCUCGUCUUUUUUUCUUCAAUGUUCAUUCGUUUCUCACACUUAUAUCAUCGGUUAACCUUAUUUUCCAAAUUUUUUGUGCAUGCACUAAACACGUCCUAAUUGACGGAGAAAAGCGGGCGGGGCGUCGCAAAAGAAACACCGUGCCUUAGGACGGAAAGAAGAAAUCGUUGACCCUAGUUGAACCAGAAAAGGUGCAGAAAAAGGACGGAAAUAAAUCAGAGGUAAAAAGAAAGAAAAUUACUAAGAAACAUUGUGUCAACGUUGACCCCAUAGAAAGAUCUCUUUGUACUAAAACUAACAAAAACUAAACUUUUUUUUGCCUUCGUUAACUUACGAAUUCAGGGAUCAUUUCUUGUUUCGGAAAAAUUACUUCGGGUUUUCAGAUGUAACCCAAAAUAGUUUACUUUGUUCACUAUUACUUCUUCCAAAAAUGACCAUUCAAACGCACGGCGUUUUUUUUUAUUACGCAAGGUCAAGACUUCUCGUAAAUUAUGAUGCUUAGGGUGUAAGCACACCGAGAUGCACUACCGCAUACUCAAAACUGUUUUUCAAUUUCAGAAUUUGCAAUUUUAGGAUAAUAACUUCUGAAAUGCUCGAAAUAUUGUCAGUUUGAAGAAUAUGAUGUGAAAAAAACAUUCACUUACGUUAAAAAAAUUAGGAACGAUUUCGGAAGGGGAAAAACUUUAAAUUACUGAUUACAAAAAUAAAAAAACAAAAAAAUAUUAGGAAGGUGAAUCAGCUCCCAUUGAAUAAGCAAUUGUAAAUACGAAAAAAAUAUUGAAAUGAGGAAAAAAAUCGAGGAGCAAAUAAAAAAAGAAACAUUUCAUAUACCUUGAAAACCUAGCUUCAGAAAAAAACAAAUGAUGGAUAGAAAGCAGAAAUUUCAGAAAAAAAAGCCCUGUAUGGCGAAAUGUUUAUUUAUAUACGAAACACCAUCAAAAAAACUAGAAAAAAUAUAAUUUAGAUGAUUCAUAUAACAAAAAUCAUCAAACUGCAUCAGCAAAUUAAAUUUGGCUCUAAUUUGCACGAAACUGGUUUCAAACUACGCCAAAGAAACUGGAUAAUAACUUGUACUUAAAGAAAAAAACGUUAAAAAGAAGUAUUAAUAAAGAAAAAAACGCAAAAAAAUAUGCUUUUUUUUCAAUUAACUCUUUCCGUAAGUCUUGCGAGAGCUUAAAAAGGGUGGGUCUUGUAAUCCAAAAACGGGUCCUGAACAGAUCGAAACCACUGUAGCCGUACGAUUUAGAAGGGCCCGCCCCUGGUAUUUUUUUUCUGCAUUUUCUUUCACUGAUAAGAACGCCGGAUUUUUUUAAAACAAGCUAAACUGAUAAUAGAUUUCUAUCCAAUUAAAAUUCCCGAGUUGCAGAAUGACUCGGGCCGCAAAUCGGGUUGGUUCGCACACGACAUCAAUGCUGACGGCGAAGAAGUGACUGGCGACCUUUGGUAA